ACCGUUUGUUUUUUUUGUUGUUGUUUUUUUUUGCCGAAGAAAGUCAGAACGUCGCGAAAGUGCUCCUAAUUUUUGCGAAUGCAGAAAGUGCAGACAAAACUGAAAAGACGUGAGUGACGAAGUGCGUGCACUGCAUUUGUUUACGAUUCUCCUGCCCAAAAGGGACGAGGUGGAGUAGUGGAGCGGGAGGCGGUGAGACACGCAACGUGCAACAUUGUGUGCGUGGGAUUGUUUGUUUGUUUGAGUGACGAAAAUACAACAAGUGCAAGCGACAAAAGCAACAACAAAAAAAAAAGAAGCAACUCUUUUGAAACAAUUCAGCAACAACCAAAACAAAAGGAGUGAGCGAGAGGGCCAAAUAGCGGUUGUUGUUGUUGCCUCACACUGAUAGCAAUGAUUAAUGAAGAAGCCACCGCUGCAACAACAAAUCAAGUAUGACGGAGGAAAUAACCGGCGAUUGGAGCUAUUACGUGUAUAUAUCGCUGACGCUGGUUCCAGUCUAUUUGGCAUUUCGGCUCAUUAAGUCACUGGGCUGGCAGCUCUUCGUCAACAACUGAGCAAACAGCUGUAUCUGUAUCUGUAUCUGUAUCUGAAGCUACAGCUGAAACUGAAGUUGAAGUUGAAGCUGCAUCUGUAUCUGAAUCUGAAGUUGCAGCCGCCAUCGGAGGAGUCGAGUCCGUCGAGGAAGAGUCGAACAUUCGGGGCGAAAGAGCUUGAUACAUAAAUAUACGUGCGUAUAGACAUUUAGGAAAAAUGCAAUAAAUGGAAAGUCGGGACUAGACUAGUCGGCAAGAAGAAGAAGCAGAAGAAGAAGGGUGAUAAACAGGGGUUCCAGCAGCUGCUGCUUGGAUUGCCAGGAUAUCCAGGAUCGUGUUGUCCUGUGCCGUGCAGCGCUUGCUUUGCUGUCUACUCAUCUCCUCUGUUGCGCUGUGCUGUGUGUUGUGUGUGUGUGUGUGCGUUGGCCAAGCCAAGUUGCUGCUGCUUCUGUUGGCUGGCCAAAAGCAAAAAGGAGCAAACAAAAGGCGAGGCGAUGCAAAGCAAUCAACGUCAUAAGCAGGAGCAGCAACAGGACCAGCAGGACCAGCAACAG